CGAGCUGGAGCAAAAGCAAAAAGCAAAACCAAAGCUGACAACUAAUUGAAACCAAGGAAACCAAAAAAGUCUGAAACCAUGAAGAUUGCUGCUGCUUCCGUCUUUUUCUUGCUGGCAUCCACUUGUGAGGCCUUCACGGCGCCUCAGCCUUCUGUUGGCGCCAACAAGCGCUUUGGUGCUGCCUCUGGACUGGCAUUUGCACCCAAGGGAGUCUCCACCACUGAGAAGACCACCGCAGAUGUCAAGUUCAACACGGAACUUGGUGUGAGCACGUUGGUCCCAAAUGAGGUUGCCAAAAAGGACGAUUUGGCCACUGUCUGGGGACAGUUCAGCAACUGGAUUACCAGCACUGAGAACCGACUCUACAUUGGAUGGUUUGGAACCAUCAUGUUCCCCACCUUGCUUGCUGCCACCACUUGCUAUAUCACUGCGUUCAUUGCUGCCCCCCCUGUGGACAUUGAUGGAAUCCGUGAACCUGUUGCUGGAAGUCUGCUCUAUGGAAACAACAUCAUCUCUGGUGCUGUGAUCCCCAGUUCCAAUGCCAUUGGAAUGCACUUUUAUCCCAUCUGGGAGGCUGCUUCCUUGGAUGAAUGGUUGUACAAUGGAGGAGAGUACCAGCUUACGGUCCUUCACUUCUUGAUUGGAGUUGCUGCCUACAUGGGCCGUGAAUGGGAGCUCAGCUACCGUCUUGGAAUGCGCCCUUGGAUCUUCACUGCCUUCUCUGCUCCUGUUGCAGCUGCCACUGCUGUCUUUCUCACCUAUCCCAUUGGACAAGGAUCUUUCUCAGAUGGUAUGCCCCUUGGUAUCUCUGGAACUUUCAACUUUAUGUUGGUCUUCCAGGCUGAGCACAACAUUCUCAUGCACCCCUUCCACAUGAUGGGAGUUGCUGGUGUCUUUGGAGCUUCCUUAUUCUCUGCCAUGCAUGGUUCUUUGGUCACCAGUUCUUUGAUCCGUGAAACCACUGAAUCUGAAUCCACCAACUAUGGUUACAAGUUUGGACAAGAAGAAGAGACUUACAACAUUGUUGCUGCUCAUGGAUACUUUGGACGCCUCAUCUUCCAGUAUGCUAGCUUCAACAACUCCCGUGCUCUCCACUUCUUCUUGGCUGCCUGGCCUGUGAUUGGUAUCUGGAUGACUGCCAUGGGAGUUUCCACCAUGGCUUUCAACUUGAACGGAUUCAACUUCAACCAAUCUGUUGUUGACAGUGAAGGGCGUGUCAUCAACACUUGGGCUGACAUUGUCAACCGUGCUGAUCUUGGUAUGGAAGUCAUGCAUGAACGUAAUGCUCACAACUUUCCCUUGGACUUGGCCUCUGGAGAAGUCUGCCCUGUUGCCAUGACUGCCCCCUCCAUCACUGCUUAAGUGAUUUGAAUUAGCCAGUUGAACAAAGAAAGGACAUGGGUGCAUGCCUCAACCAGUAGAAGCAGAUGUUGAUAAUGUACAGAGCUGGAGAAGGUGCAUUUGUGAUCUCUAAGGGUGAUUUGGAAGCUUAGCCACUCACACCCAAGUAAAUAAGUGAAAAUAAACGAUGAAGUUAGUAGAAGAACAAAGUGACACAACUA